AAUUGUUAAUCGAGAUUUUAAAAAUUCACAAAACCAAAAAAAAAAAAACCUCUUUUUCUCUAAAAAUCUUGCCUUUGUCGUCUGAAUUUCGAAACCCAUAAUAAAAAAUCUCAUAUUCGUUCUCUUUCUCGGCUUUCUCCAUUUUUUUUCAAAAGUUUUAUAUUAUUCUUCGCCGUUCAUCUCUGUUUUGAGUAAUAAAACAAUCAUUUUCCUUGAUUGCUCGAAUCUGUCAGUUUCUCUGGAGCCCUUAACUUGACUGGGCAGAGUUGAAUCUUUCCCGAUUUUGCGAACAUAAUUCAUGGACGUCUCCAGUUCUUGACUCUGCCCACCAUGGAUUUGGAACCCGGAAGUUACCAGAACAUCGUCAAGAGAGAAUCAUGGAGAACUGUAUUGACAUUAGCUUAUCAGAGCUUGGGGGUUGUCUAUGGAGAUUUGAGCACUUCCCCUUUGUAUGUAUACAAGAGCACGUUCGCAGAGGAUAUUCAUCACUCGGAGACAAACGAAGAGAUCUUCGGCGUUUUGUCUUUUGUCUUCUGGACCAUCACUCUGGUCCCUCUCCUCAAAUACGUGUUCAUAGUCCUCAGAGCCGACGAUAAUGGCGAGGGAGGGACUUUCGCUCUCUACUCACUGCUGUGUCGACACGCCCGAGUCAACUCGCUCCCGAAUUGCCAGUUGGCCGACGAAGAGCUCAUCGAGUACAAGAAGGACUCGAUCGGGUCAGCGCCCAAAUCGGGAUUUGGAGCCGGUCUUAAAUCUACACUGGAGAAACACAGGGUGUUGCAGAGGAUUUUGCUUGUCCUGGCUUUGAUUGGGACUUGUAUGGUGAUCGGCGAUGGUGUCCUAACGCCAGCCAUCUCUGUUUUCUCCGCAGUUUCUGGAGUCGAGCUUUCAAUGUCGAAGGAGCAUCACAAAUAUGUAGAAGUACCGGUCGCUUGCCUUAUACUGAUAUGCUUGUUCGCACUUCAGCAUUACGGCACACACAGAGUCGGGUUCUUGUUCGCACCCGUGGUUCUGAUAUGGCUUCUCUGCAUCAGCACCAUCGGCCUUUACAACAUCGUUGUCUGGAAUCCGCACAUUUACCGAGCGCUCUCUCCCUAUCACAUGUACAAGUUCCUGAAGAAAACUCAGCGUGGAGGCUGGAUGUCUUUGGGUGGGAUCUUGCUUUGCAUUACAGGGUCCGAAGCCAUGUUUGCAGACCUUGGACAUUUUUCGCAAUUGUCGAUCAAGAUUGCUUUUACAUUGCUCGUUUACCCGUCCCUGAUCCUCGCCUACAUGGGACAAGCGGCAUACCUUUCCCAGCACCAUGUCAUUGAAAGCGAGUACAGAAUCGGAUUUUACGUCUCUGUUCCCGAGAAACUAAGGUGGCCGGUUCUGGUUAUAGCCAUACUGGCGGCAGUGGGGGGGGGGGAAGCCAUAAUCACCGGAACUUUCUCGAUCAUCAAACAGUGCUCGGCCCUCAACUGCUUCCCAAAAGUAAAGAUUGUUCACACUUCGUCCAAGAUCCACGGUCAGAUUUACAUCCCCGAAAUCAACUGGAUCUUGAUGCUCUUGUGCUUGGCCGUCACCAUCGGUUUCCGGGAUACCAAGCGGAUGGGUAAUGCCUCAGGUCUUGCGGUUAUAACUGUCAUGCUUGUGACAACAUGUCUGAUGUCGCUCGUCAUCGUACUCUGCUGGCACAAGAGUGUCGUAUUUGCAAUCGCCUUUGUUUUGUUCUUCGGGACCAUCGAGGCGCUCUACUUCUCGGCCUCCUUGAUAAAGUUCCUCGAAGGAGCGUGGGUCCCGAUUGUCCUCGCCUUCGUCUUCCUCCUCGUCAUGUGCGUUUGGCACUAUGGCACCCUCAAACGUUAUGAAUUCGACGUCCAGAACAAGGUCUCUGUCAACUGGCUCCUCAGCCUCGGACAGAGCCUCGGGAUUGCCCGUGUUCGCGGCAUUGGCCUCGUCCACACCGAGCUCGUCUCUGGUGUUCCGGCCAUUUUCUCCCAUUUCGUCACAAAUCUCCCCGCCUUCCAUCAGGUAUUGGUCUUCCUUUGCGUCAAGGCGGUCCCAGUCCCGCACGUCCGGGCCGAGGAACGGUUCCUCGUCGGCCGAAUCGGUCCCCGACACUUCCGGAUGUACAGGUGCAUUGUCCGAUAUGGGUACCGCGACGUGCACAAGGACGACAUCGAGUUCGAGCACGAACUCGUCUGCAGCAUCGCCGAGUUCGUGCGGUCGGAGGCCGUGACCGCCACCGAAACCGAGAACGACGGUUUCCAGGAUGGGGACUGCGACAGAAUGGCAGUCGUCGGAACAAGUUCCAGCCACACGCAAGGCAUUAAGAUAAGCGAGGACGACGACAUAGACGAGCCGGGACCGUCGGAAAGGAGGGAGAUCGUAUCGCCGCCAUUGCCGAUCGGGAAGAAGCCGAGGAAGAAGAAGAGGGUGAGAUUCAUCGUGCCGGAGAGCGUGAAGAUGGAGAAGGAGACGAGGGAGGAGGUGGAGGAGCUGAACGAGGCGCGUGAAGGGGGAGUGGCUUACAUAAUGGGACACGCCUACAUGAAGGCGAAGCCUGGCUCCGGUCUCUUCAAGAGACUCGCCAUUAACGUCGGUUACGAGUUCCUUCGUCGGAACAGUAGAGGCUCGACGCUAUCGCUCUCCGCCCCGCACGCGUCCACGCUAGAGGUCGGCAUGAUCUACCAUGUCUGAACGGAAGGGGUAUUUCCGUCUUUUUGUACAUGAUUUUUUUUUCUUUUAGUGAUGUAUGGUGUGUUGUUUUAGUAUCUCAUCUUCAAUGGCUUUAAAAUGUGAAUCAAAAGGCCAAAAGUUUUGGACUCUGUUUCUUGAGGUGUUUUUAUAUAGAUGGAGAAAUUUUUGUAUCAA